CUUCCUCUCGCUACGGCCUGCAGUACAGUGUUUGAUUCGCCCCACGAGUAUCUCGAGGAGAGCAAAAAGACACCGAAACGCUCGUUCCAGGCUCUGUUCAGUAUCAAUGCGUUACGAGAUCUUGAGCCGCGACCCAAAGAUGUCUUGCGAGACGCAGUACUCGGUAUUAUAGAUACCAUAUCCUACCAUCUAAUGGCAAUGGUGUAUAUCGCCUCGUGCGGACCGUACCGUUUUCCAGAGAUCAGGGUUUUGCGCGUUUCGGGCCCACAAAAGAACAUCUUUGUCGACGAUAAGCUGCGGCGGAUCCAAGUUCUGACUAACUACACGAAAAACGGCAGCAACAAGCCGCUAGCAAAGGAGCUAGACAAGAAUACUUCGGACUAUUUGUUCUACUUUCUCACCGUUAUCAAGACCAUUCAAAUCUCGCUGCUUGAAGAUUACGACCAAGUGUCACAGGACAUCUUUGGAGAGAGUGUAGACGGGGUUGAGGCGCAUCUGUACAGCGACGGACUGCAGGAUAUGACGCCGUAUGAGCUAUCGCAGCAAGUUAUUCGCCAGUUCGUUUUUGUAGACAUAGCAAUCGCCAAGCUUUGUGAGUACUCUAAAUUCAAGAAACUAUUGAUGCUGUACCCGUCAAACAUUGCGAAAAGACAGCGGCUUAACUUUCGAAGUAUGCGACACGGAAUGAUCGGACUGCUUCGUGACUAUGUCUCACAGCACUAUAAUAGCGAGCAUCACCAACCAGAUACGGAAAUAAUCGAAACUAUGGCUGGCCAUAGCGCCCAAACGGGACUUAAAGUGUAUGCGGUGGACGAAACACGCCUUAGUGAAAUUGCUCAGGAACAGAUCCUGAUCAGCAGAGCGUACGUGAAAUAUCUUGCCCUGGAGGAUCUGAAAGGCAUUAGAAAGACAGAAGAGACGCGUGUAGCAAAACCGGUGGUAAAUACAUGGCAUCCGCGUACUUCCAUGAAAAAGCUACGGUGUGCAAUACAAGCAGUGUAUGGAGUAGGAUUUCAGUUUCGUGGUGAGCAGCAGACCAUCUGUCAUGACAUAUACAUGUCAGGCUCGCAGGUUAUUGCGGUUCAAGCGCUCACAGGCUUUGGGAAGACAGCCGUGUUUCAGUUGCCGCUCGUAGCGAUGCGGGACGAAAACGCGGUGUCGUUUGUAUUUGUACCGUAUACAGUUCUGCAAUCAGAUCUGGAACAGCGGCUAGCCAAAGGCGGGCUUAAGGUCGGCCGAGUCAAAGCGUUGCUCGACAACCCAUCGCGCGGCAGCCUUUGCAAUGCGUAUGUCGGGACCUUCAACGAUCUCGGGCGAAAAGAGUUUGUGGAGCUGCUUCUAACAUGGGAUUUUGAUACUCAACUUGGGAUGCUGGUGAUUGAUGAGUUCCAUAACUUGGUCUAUGAGGAGUAUCGCGCCAGUGCAUUCAAGCUUAUUCCUAACGUGCCGUUUCAUAGCUUCUGGAAGGUAGUGCUUCUCACAGCCACCGCGGGUAGGUCACUAGACCAUGCGUUGAGCUUUCUACCGCUGGAGGAACUAGAGGUGUCGGACUGGAACCUAGUGAAGCAACCCGCGGUAUCCCAUGUGAAGAAGCGGUUCUUUGAGGUGGCAGACCCCAUCGCAAUGGCGUUUCGGUACCUUUCCAAUCUUCCAGAGAGGGCCAAGGCAGUGCUUGUAUUUCGUACCAAGGAGGAGCUGGCCCAAGCAGACGCGCUGCUAAAAAUGCCGCAUGAGAUGGUGCAUGGGGAAUUGAAGUCAGAAGAAAAGCUUUGUCGCAUGCAGAGAUUCAUUAACAGUCCGCUGUUACCUGUGCUCAUGGGCACAAAGCUUGUGACCGAAGGCAUAGAUGUGAAGGAACUUACGCUCGUGUUGCUGGUUAACUACCUACCCCCUGUAAUCGAGUAUAUUCAGGCAGCGGGGCGGCUGCGUAAUGGCGGUGACUGCGUGGCGUUGUUCAAGCGAGAAGCCAUAAAGGAGGAUUCUAUCAGCCACAGGUGUCCCACACGCGAUAUAUGUACCUUUUAUGGACUGCCUUUUAUGGGCCAUGCCAAUUGCUGUAUGGAGACUACGGACACGUCACAAGAAAUGAGCUCUACAAAGAGGUUACAGAAUGCUGCUGAGGACGAGGAGCCUGAAAAGUCGAAAUUACCUCCGGCAAAACGACGAGCACCCGAUGAGAUGGCCACACAACAACGAAAACUCAUGCAGGAGUUUGAGGGAUGCCGAGGUGUGCUCCAGUAUCUGGGUGUAGACCAG